AUGGGGCUGUCCUUCACCAAGUUGUUCAGCCGGCUGUUUGCCAAGAAAGAGAUGCGUAUACUUAUGGUGGGUCUCGAUGCUGCGGGUAAGACUACCAUUCUGUACAAGCUCAAGCUUGGAGAAAUUGUCACCACCAUUCCCACCAUUGGGUUUAAUGUGGAAACUGUGGAAUAUAAGAACAUCAGCUUCACUGUUUGGGAUGUGGGAGGUCAGGACAAGAUCCGCCCAUUGUGGAGACAUUACUUCCAAAAUACCCAAGGACUUAUCUUUGUGGUUGACAGUAAUGACAGGGACCGAGUUGUUGAAGCUAGAGAUGAGCUGCAUAGAAUGUUGAAUGAGGACGAGUUGAGAGAUGCCGUGCUUCUAGUUUUUGCCAACAAGCAAGAUCUUCCAAAUGCUAUGAACGCUGCGGAGAUCACUGAUAAGCUUGGUCUUCAUUCCCUCCGUCAGCGUCACUGGUAUAUCCAGAGCACAUGUGCCACAUCUGGUGAAGGGCUCUAUGAAGGACUUGACUGGCUCUCAAACAACAUUGCAAACAAGAAAUCAAUACUAUCGGACGGGUACUAUGUCGUGAGCUUUUCGAUCGCCGUCUUCAAGAUAUACCUCGAAGCAGAUCUCGUUUCAUUCUUGUGUUCAAUUGGGGACAAAAGUAAAGACUCGAAACUGGAGGGACAUCAUUUAAACAACCAAGUUGGUAUCAUUGACAUUUCUGUUGGCACUUUGUGGUAUGACGGGGUACGUACAUGGCAAGUCACCACAUCAUGA